UCAACUUUGACUGCGAUGAGCGAUGGUGCGCGUCACACCUACGUCACGUUUGCGCGCCGGAAGUCUCUGCAUCGUGGAAGUCGGCAAGAUUCACGUGUUAGCUUUUCGUCCGACUUCAGAAAGUCAUCGUUCGGUUUGAAAAGUGUCCUUGUAGCGUGGCAUCAUGGGUCGUAAGUUGGAUCCCACAAACAAGGUGAAGCGCGGUCCUGGGAGGAAAUCCAAAAAGCAGAAGGGGCCGGAGACAGAGUUGGCCAAGUUUAUCAAAGAUGAUAAUUCUGAUCCAAAACGUCUGUCAAGAAGAGCCAGAAUAAGGAAUGCAAAGAGAGCCAACCUUUCAACAAAGACUAAAGAUGCUGUUAAAAAGCAGCCCAAAAAAGUAUUCACUGACGAGAACAGCAAGUGGCUGAAGCCGGCGAAGAGAAAGCGUAAACUGGAGGAAUCUGACAGCGAGGAUGACGAUGAGCACUGGGAGGUAGAAGAAGAUUUGGAUGAGGAGAAGGAAGAAAUGGAACUACAGAAGCCGCAAAAAAAAGGAGCAAAGAUGAACAAAAAAUUAGGACUACAAGAACUGGAGGAGGAGGGGGAGGAUGAUGAAGAGGAGGAGGAUGAUGAUGAUGAAAUGGUAGAUGACUACGGUGCACUUGAGGAUGGCAGUGAUGAAGAGGAAAGUGAUGGCGAGCUUCUUCCCAUUGAACGUGCAGCUAAGAAAAGCAAAAAGCUGAAGGCAACUCUGGGUCUUGAUGACGACGACGACUAUGAUGAUGAUGAUGAUGAUGAUGACAAUGACGACGAUGAUGAUGCCAAAAAUGAUGAUGAUGAUGGGAAAGAAGUUAAGGAUGAGGAAGACACAAUCCAGACCAACAUCGAGGACUUGGAUCAGUUCAGGUUGCCUGCAGGAGAUGAGAGUGAGAAGGAAGGUUUAUUGCCUGUGGACCUGAAGACAAUCUACCAGAGGAUAAAGGACAACGUGGAUGUGCUGUGUAAUUUUACGGCCAAAAGAGAGGUUGGCAAAGAUCGAGGAGAGUACCUAUCUCUGCUGAUUAAGGAUCUGUGCACCUACUACAGCUACAAUGACUUCCUCAUUGAGAAGUUUAUGGACCUCUUCCCGCUCUCAGAGCUGGUGGAUUUCCUUGAGGCUAAUGAAAUUCAGAGACCUGUCACUAUUCGAACCAACACGCUGAAAACCAGGAGGCGGGACCUUGCUCAGGCCUUGAUCAACAGAGGAGUGAACUUGGAUCCACUGGGAAAGUGGUCCAAAGUGGGUUUGAUCAUCUUCGACUCCUCUGUCCCUAUAGGUGCAACUCCAGAGUACCUGUCUGGUCAUUAUAUGCUCCAGGGAGCCUCCAGCUUCCUGCCAGUCAUGGCGCUCUCGCCACAGGAGGGGGAGUUUGUGUUGGAUAUGAGCUCAGCCCCUGGAGGAAAGACCACCUAUAUUGCUCAGCUGAUGAGGAACACUGGUGUGAUCGUUGCUAACGACGCCAAAGCUGAUAGAUUGAAAAGCGUAGUGGGCAACAUCCAUCGUCUGGGGGUCACCAACACUCUGGUGUGCAAUUACGACGGCAGGGAGUUCCCAAAGGUCAUGGGGGGCUUUGAUAGAGUGCUGCUGGAUGCACCUUGUUCAGGCACAGGAGUCAUUGCUAAAGACCCCGCUGUGAAGACCAGCAAGGAUGAAGCAGACAUCCAGCGCUGUGCCCACUUGCAGAAAGAGUUGUUGCUAGCCGCCAUCGACUCUGUCAACGCAGAGUCGACCACAGGAGGAUAUCUGGUCUACUGCACAUGCUCCAUAACGAUGGAGGAGAAUGAAUGGGUUGUCGACUACGCCUUGAAGAAAAGGAAUGUCAAACUAGUUCCCACAGGACUGGAUUUUGGCAAGGAGGGCUUCACCAGGUUCAAAGAGCGUCGAUUCCAUCCUACUCUGCGACUCACAAGACGUUUCUACCCGCACUCUCACAAUAUGGACGGUUUUUUUGUGGCCAAGUUUAAAAAAUUCUCCAAUGUGAUUCCGGUGGCGCCUUCAGAGAAGGACAUUGCAGCAAAAGAGGUGGCAGAUCAAGCAGUCACAGCGGACAAGACCAAGAACAACGUCACCGCCAAGGCUGGUCAAACGUCCCAAGAGCUGGCCAAAACCAACGGUAAAGCAAGGCAGAAAAAGAACUCUUCGACUGGACCUAAAAACGCAAAGAUCGCCAAGAUGGACGGAGAGAGCGUGAAGGGGCUGGAGGUCAAGACCCCCUCACCUGCGGAUGAGACGAAAACACAGAAGGCCGGCAAAAAGGAUGGGAGCAGAUUUGAGAAAAAGAAAAGAAACAAGAAAAUAACAUCCCAUGGAGCCAAGAAUAGAAUGGGAAAGAAUAAAUUCAAUAACGUGAAACGCAUGUCGCGUAAAGGACCCAGCAAGAAGUGAUCAUACAGGCACGUAUGACAAUGUUUUGAUGUUCAUGUCAUUAUUCUAAGCUCACUUUGCUGCAUACACGCAUUGGAGUAGGUUCAUGUUUCCUUUUUGCAUCAUGAAAUAUCCUUUAUGUUUGUGGCAUAUUAAAUUUUUAAGAUAUGUUCUUUAA